AUGGAAUCCAACGAUGAAUCUCUACAAGCAAUAUCCGAUUCCAAUGACCGUUUUCGUACCAUACGUGAACUUGGUUCUGGUACGUAUGGUCGUGUUAUGCUUGCAUUAGAUCGCGAUCAACAACAACGAUGUGCAUUGAAAAUUUUACAAAAAUCAACAACGAAACAUCGUGAUUUUCAACGUGAAUAUCAUUAUUCAUUGUUGCUAUCAACACACCGUUCAAUAAUAACUACAUAUGAAGAUCGUUGUUUUCAAACACCAGAUGCAUAUGUUCUUGUACAAGAAUAUGCACCAUUGGGUGAUUUAUUCGAAUCAAUUCCGCCACAACGUGGUCUACCGGAACGAGCUGUUAAAAUCAUUAUCAAACAAGUAGCAUCAGCAUUGCAAUUUAUGCAUGAUAAUGGACUGGUUCAUCGAGACGUAAAACCAGAAAACGUCAUGAUCUUCGAUGCUGCUUUUCACCGAGUUAAAUUAAUUGAUUUUGGUAUGACAAGAAAAUGUGGUUCAUACGUCAGACGGCUAAUUGGUAGUAUACCUUACUCGCCGCCUGAAGUUUGUAAUGCUGUCAAUAAUGAUAUUCUUGUUUCAACAACUAUGGAUGUUUGGGCAUUUGGCGUUUUGCUAUUUUGUAGUUUGACAGGUAAUUUUCCUUGGGAACAUGCUCAAGAAUCAGAUGUAUAUUUUAAUGAAUAUACACAAUGGCAUCGGCAUCAUCAAAUACAACGUCGUUUUAAAUUACCAUCUCAAUGGUAUAGAUUUAGUAAUAGAUUAAUGAGAUUAUUUCGAAAGAUGCUUGAUCCUGAACCAUCAAAACGCUGUGAAAUGAUUGAAAUAAGUAAAUAUUAUGAUGAUCGAUGGAUAAAGGAUCAAUUUAAUUCUCGACGACGGCCAUCAAAUGAAGACGAAGGUGUUGAAGAAGAUUUUUCAUCAUCAGGUAGUGGAACAGAAAAUAAUACAGCAACGACAACAACAACAACAACAACAACCAGUAGUACUGAUUUUGAAGAGUUAACACAAAUGAUGAGAAAUUCCUUGAUUGGCUUUGACAAUUUAAUACAAAACGAAAAUCAAAAAGAAUCAUCACCCACAGCUAGAACUUAUUGUUAA